AUGGAGAAGAGACAACAUACAAAUGAUAUUUAUGAGAAGACAAUGGUUCGUCAUGUGGACUCGAUGUGUGAGAUGAUUCAUGUGAAAUGUCUUGGUUCAGCUACUAAGCGAGCACCUCAUGGCCAAGAAGCUCAUAGGAAUGAAAUUUUUGAUUACCAUGAUGCGCUGCAUAGUGCCGAUAUGAUUGGACCAAUGGAGGAUUUCAAUAAAUACAAUAACGAAUUGGACUUAACCAAGGAUAAAAAGGCUAUAGCUAAUGGACAACUUAGACAGCUUCGCGAUAGACUUCUUGUAACAAAAAUGAAAAACGAAGAAUUGAGUGAAUUUUCUUUAAAAUUUUCUUCUGGGGUGAUGGUUUUCAAAAUUGAUGAAGAGAUUAAGAACUAUCAGGAGGCCACAAAAGAAGUCAAGGAUGUUCAGGAAGAGUUGCAAGAUCUUGAGAAGAAGUUAGAUGUGAACAGAGCUCAUCUCGCACAAGUUAGAAAGACCAAACAUGAUUUGGAGGCAAGCUUGAAGGAUAUUGAAAGUGAAUUAGCUCAAUUUGAUAAAUAG